AUGGCCGGCGGAGCCACAGCGGCGCCGCCUCUGCCCGAGCGCCUGGGGCCGGGGCCGGGGCCGAGACGGCGCGCCAGGGGCCCGGGGGCGCAGGAGGAGCACCUGCUUUGCAGCGUGCUGGCGGCGCAGACCUUGGCCAGGGUCAUCCGGCCUUGCUACGGGCCCCACGGCCGGCAGAAGCUCCUGGUCACCGCCAGAGGAACCACCGUGCUCACGGGCUCCGCGGCGGCCAUCCUCCGGGCGCUGGAGCUGGAGCACCCCGCCGCGCGGCUGCUGCGCGAGGCGGCCCACACGCAGGCAGAGAGCUGCGGCGACGGCGCGGCCUUCGUGGUUCUGCUGGCGGAAGCCCUGCUGCAGCAGGCCGAGCACCUGCUGCGCGCCGGCCUUCCCCGCUCCCAGCUGCGCGAGGCCUAUGCCGCGGCGACCGCGGAGGUCCUGGCCCUGCUGCCCUCCCUGUCCAUCCGCUCGCUGGGGCCGCUGGAAGAUCCCUUCUGGGCCCUCUAUUCGGUGAUGAACACCCACUCCGCAUCCCAGAUGGACUACCUGACCAAGCUGGUGGCACACGCUUGCUGGGCCACCAAGGAGCUGGACGGCAGCUUCCACCGCGAGCGCGUGGGGGUGUGCACCCUGCCAGGGGGCAGGCUCGAGGACUCAUGCCUGCUCCCGGGGAUGGCCCUGUCCGCGAAGCCCUGCGGCCAGGUGAUCAGCGUGCUGCACGGGGCCAGGGUAGCGCUCUUCGUUUGCGCCUUCGGGCCCGCCAGCCCAAAUGCACCUGCUACAGCCCGCCUCUCGAGCUCUGCUGACCUAACUAAAUUUAGGAAAGGCAGUGAACAGCUGAUAGAAAAGCAGGUGGCCCAACUGGUAACUGCAUGUAUUAACGUGGCGGUGGUGUGGGGGAACAUCGAUGAGAAUACAAUGACGCUGGCCGAUAAGUAUGGCAUCAUGGUGAUUCAGGCCAGGUCCCGGAGGGACAUGGUUUACCUGAGCGAGGUGUUGGGUACACCUCUGAUGCCUUAUCUGAUUCCUCCCCUGAAGCCAGGGAAGUGCCAGAGGGUAUACCAGCAGGACCUGGGGGAAGGUAUGGCCGUUGUCUUUGAGUGGGAAUGCCCGGGCACCCCUGCCCUCACCAUAGCCCUCAGGGGGGGCACCGCAGAGGGGCUGAAGAGUGCAGAGCAGGCUGCCUACCAUGGCAUCGAUGCCUACUUCCAGUUGUGUCAGGAUCCCAGACUGCUCCCAGGAGCUGGGGCCACAGAGAUGGCUCUGGCAAAAAUACUCUCAGAAAAAGGAAGCAGGUUGGAAGGGCUUAAUGGGCCUGCCUUCCUCGCAUUUGCACAGGCCCUUCAGUCUCUUCCCGAAACCUUAGCCGAGAAUGCAGGCCUAGUGGUCUCAGAGGUCAUGGCAGAGAUGAAGGGGGCUCACCAAGCUGGGAACUUGCUGGUAGGCGUUGGGGUUGAGGGGAUCAUCAACGUGACCCAGGAAGGGGUGUGGGACACCCUGGUAGCCAAAGCCCAAGGACUUCGAGCCGUAGCUGAUGUGGCCCUACAGCUCGUGAAUGUAGAUGAAAUUGUAGUGGCCAAGAAAAGUCCCAUGUGUCAACAGGACUUGAAUCCUGUUCCUAAGAAGGCAAAGGAAUGCCUAUCUCCUGUGAAAAAGUCAAAUCCUUGGAACAAUUAAGUAGCAAUAUCUGCAAUAAAAUGGGGAUUGCCCAGAAAGGCACAAACGCUUCAGAACAAAUGCUUGCUGUAUUUAUUCCCUCCAUGUUUCAUACUAUUAGAGUCAGUCUCUUUAGAUGAAAACAACCAAAAGAACCACAAGAUAAAAGUCCUUUUCCUUGAUUUAUUUCCUUUCAGAUUCCUGGCUUUUUUUUUCAUCUCCUG